AAUCCCCAUUUUCAUAUCUUCGAACCUUCUAUUAAUACUGAACCUCAUUUUCUUCAAUCCCCUUUUCCCUAUUAUCUUGGUCUCGGUUUUUUCUGUGAUCGCAUCUUUUCAUCAUGUCUUUGCUCGAUUCCUUUUUCAACAAAGGCUUCAAAGCAGCUAAUUGCAAAACUUUGCUAAAAUUGACAAUUCCGCGGAUAAAGUUGUUGAGGAAUAGGAGAGAGAUUCAAAUAAAGCAGAUGCGACGCGACAUUGUUAAGCUUCUUGAGACUGGCCAAGAAGCUACUGCUCGAAUCCGAGUGGAACAUAUAAUAAGGGAAGAGAAUAUAAUGGCUGCUCAGGAAAUCCUUGAGCUGUUUUGUGAGCUUAUUGCUGUCCGUCUUCCAAUCAUAGAGACUCAAAUGGAAUGUCCCCUAGAUUUAAAAGAAGCGAUAUCCAGCAUUUGCUUCGCUGCACCAAGAUGUGCCGAUCUACCAGAGUUGUUGCAGGUUCAAAUGUUAUUUACUUCCAAGUAUGGGAAGGAAUUUGUAUCCGCCGCAACUGAGCUCCGGCCAGACUGUGGUGUUAAUCGUCAGUUGAUAGAAUUGUUAUCUGUACGUGCUCCUUUGCCCGAAAUAAAAUUGAAGCUUCUGAAAGAAAUUGCUGAAGAGCAUGAGUUGGAGUGGGAUCCAGUUUCCACUGAGACCGAGUUUUUCAAACCACAUGAAGAUUUAUUGAAUGGCCCAACUGAGUUUGUCAGCGGGUCUAAGCUACCCCUGCGUGCAGAGAAACACAAUGGAACAAUUUCUGCUGCUGAUCAUGCCCAAAUUGAGCAUCCUGAUUCUGAUGCAGACUUUGACCCAUUAGAUUUACCUGAAGUCCCUAAGGUGUCAUUGCAGCCAAGAAAAAUUGCUGUGUCAGCGCCAGGAAUUAGCCCACCUUCACCAGCUGCUCCAAAGCCUGGAGUUGAUUGUGUAUCAUCUGGAAAACCUAGAGCUUCUGGAUAUGUAUCACAAACGUCACCUUUGGAGCCUGAUAAAUUGAUGCAAGAAAAUUUUGCAAGUAGAGAAAAUGAAAUGUCCAAUGAUCCAGCAAUCUCUGCUGCAGGACCAAGUGAUCCACCCCCGGCUAUUUUGAGACCAAAAAGUAAGGCCAACAUAGACCUGCUCGAUGUUUUAGCUGCUGCUCAGGCAGCUGCUAAAACUGCCGAGAAUGCGGCAGCUGCAGCUCGUUUGGCUGCAAGUCUUGCUCAACUUAGAAUUGCUGAACUUACUCAGAAAAAAGAUGAACAGGUCAUUGAGAGUAGCAGUCUUGAGAAUCCUUUCAGUAAUCAUGCCGAUGGUUUAUAUUCUCCAGACUCCCAUCAAGAACAUCAGGUGAUACACCAAGCAUCAGACGCAGAUCUUACUUCAAUCAACAAACUGAAAAUGGGUUUCAGUUCACCUGUUUCCAGUGACCAUGCCGUUGAACAGGAUUACCUUCAGCACCAGCCACUGAGAUUGCCUUAAAUGGAUGAUGAAAUCUUCUCAUAUCCAAACCUUUUCUGGAGACAAAAUUUGAACCUUGGACCCAAUGGUUCUUUUGAAGAUAAUUCCCAUUCUAGUCACCAUUAAGGGAAACCAUUCCUUCCGUUCAUCUUAUUUUUAGGCUUCCUGGAGCAGGUUUGAAUUAUAAGAU